AUGCAGUCAGUCUCAGGAGCCCCGCGGCCGUCACGGGUCACCAAGUGGUGGCCCAUCGGUUUCUUCAUUGGCGCCAUUGUCUGCUUCAUCAUCGGCGGUGCUCUCGUGGGCUCAUGGACCUCCAACUCAUAUGACAACUGCUCUUAUGGCAGCUCAUACUACAGCUACUAUUCCGACUACUCUUGUGGUACUUCCAAUAUGGGCCAGUUCUAUGCCGCUGUUGCUAUGUUUGUGAUCGGCGGCGUGCUCAAGCUCAUUGCUUGGAUCCUGCUCAUCAUCUUCUGCGUCAAGCGCAGCCGCCACAGCCACCAUACCGUCACAUACGUGAACUCUCCUCCUGUCCAGCAACAACAGCCCUUCCAGCAGCCCUACGCCGCGCCUCAACCGACGUACGCUCCAGCGCAUCAGUCUGCCCAGUUCCCUCAUUCCCCUGUCUCACCUAAUGCUGGUUACCCUGAGAUGGUGAAUUCAUCUAUCUCUGGUACGCCUCCCCUGAAUGAGGCCAAUGCAACGGCAACUGCUUCCAAGUACUGUACCCAGUGCGGAACCGCUGUCUCUAGCCGGUUCUGUCCUCAAUGUGGUACUCAGAACUGA